UUUCUCAAAAUUCCAUAAGAUUUAAAACAGUCGGCAUUUCAAAGCUUAAAGUAAAACGAACUUUUUAGCAUCAACAUAAAAAGUAAAAGGAGGAUAUUUGUGAAAACUUGGAAUCGAAGCAUAGAACGUGUGGAAAUCUUUGCAACUCGGAGGGAGAAGGAGUAAAACGAAUAACGAAAGCAAGGAACGGUAAAGCCAAAUGUUUACGCCGCCAAUAACACCUGUUUCCAUAGCAACGCGGUUUGUUGUCGCUUAUGUUCACUUUGCGCUUUGAGGUGUUUUCAGUUAGCCGGUUGUAUUUUUCGAGAGUGCACGUCAAGCUUGAUCGCUUGAAAUACGUUUUAUUUAUUCAUAGAAUAUUACCAUUUUAAUCAUGGAUAGUGCUUGUAAGGAUUGUGCUAGUGAGACAAUCAAAAUAAAACCUGUUUUAAAAUCUAAUUUUAAGUACAAGAGUAGUAACGAUGGCAUCAUUUUAAAUAUUCACCAUACUGUAAAAUCGGACGAUCAAGUUCUGAGAAUGCGGUUUAUCGUUGCGUGUUUCAAUCAUCAAAAUGACUUAUUCUUGGCUGUUGAUCACAGAGGUAACGUUUUUGUGUUCGAUUUAAUAAACAUGAAAUUCUGGAUUUGUCAUGACAGUGUGAAAUAUGCAACCGCCAUAGAAUGUGUCCCCGACAUUAACAAUGUGAUAGUAGGAGAUAAGGAAGGUUUGCUGCAUGUCAUGGAUUAUACCACGGGCAGCGAGAUAAUGCGCUUAAAAGCUCAUCAUACACGUGUAGAACGCAUUUCGUUUCCGUGCGGCAGUGGCCAAGUCCUAUCAGAGCCGUCCAGAUCUCAAUGGCGGCCACCGUCAACCAAAUCCGUCGAAGUGAAUGGAGGAAGCAAAAGCAGCAGCAGCAUCAGCAACGCCGGAAUACCGAAAGCAAGUCCUCGUCCGCUGUUUUUGCUCGCCACCACAACUGAAUGCGCAAAGUUGUACAAUGCUCGAAAUUUUGUUGAGUUGCAUCAAUUGAAUUACGGGGCCUUGCAUGCCAUGUGCCGCAUCGUCGAGCUCCGCUGGAUUCCUAGAACGUCGGAUUGGCCGCCCCAACUCAUAGGCCUUGGAGUUGAUGGGAUUCUUCGGAUUUGGAAAUGUGACUUUGAACUCACGAGAAAGUUAAAUCUGCAGAAGAUGAGAGACAAUUAUUUGAAAAAGUUUAAAGCCGAAACCAUCAGUUUCAGUUCUCCGUAUGAGGAAAGUAUUAGCGCCAACGGAAACCACAAGCAACGUGAAAUAGAACAAGUUAUCCAGAACAUAACCGGAGGCGGACGCGGCAACGGAAUUCUGAAUUCGAUUCAAUUCGACCAGAAAGGAAAAUUUCUGCUGUUCAAUUGCAUCGACAAUACGUUUCUGAUAGUCGCCUGUGAUGCGUGGCAGAUAUGGAAAAUUGUCGUCCUGCUCAACUUGUCCAUUAUCAAUUUCGAAAUCGUACAACAGCCAACCAAAAAUAAACCCGAACUUUCCAUUGUCGCAAAAACAGCUCAGAGUGAUUUGUUGCUAAUGAAUUUAGACGAUGGCUCUAGUCACAUAGUUCGCAGUCCGGAAAGCAAAUGCUAUAAAUUCUGUUUAUCCGGCAACGGGAAAAUGUUAGCAAAUCUAGUGAAAAGCGGUGAAAUUUUGCUACACAAUUUGGAAUUCUAUUCGAAUGCCGUGACUACGAAUAAAUUACACUAUUCCGCCACUACUGGAACCAAAGCAAGCGGAAAAGCGCCGUCCCUUGUCGGAACGUCAACGAGCGAUCUACGAAAACGACGAAAUGAGGAAGUGAGUCAAACGAAUUCCCGAGGAAAUCUGUAUUCAGCAACUUCAGCUGUUUCAUCGCUCUACUACAGCAGUAUUCCACAGAACCCGGUUGCAACAGCCAAAGGUGUAAAUUCCGCCAGUUCCCUCGCUACAAAUAUCACUAGAUCAGCAACCUCGUUAUCAAUCUUCCGAAGAGAGAGCAAGUUGAAAGUGGACCAACGGUUGGAGGAAAUUCAUACUAAGAUUUCGGAAACGUUGGCCAAGAACCGGCUUCUCCCGAUACUAAAGGAAUUUGGCGAAUAUCCGCACAAACACAGGCUAUUAAUAUGGCGCACUCUGUUGCAGUUGCCAAUGAAUAUCGAAUGUUUGGACCGGCUGCUGCAGCAGGGUUACCAUCCAUGUGUGGCUGAUUACGAUCGGAAGUUCUCGCAAUAUGAACUGCGAACAGUGAGGAACAUGAAAAAAGUUGUUUCCGGUCUCGCGAGCUGGGCGGUAGUUUUUGCCCAAUGUGAAUUUCUGCCAUUUUUUGUGUACCCUUUCGUGCGCCUUUACCAGAACGAUUCCCUGGCGUGUUUCGAAACCGUGGCCACGAUUCUGCUCAACCAGUGCCAGCUGUGGUUUGAGUUCGCCCCGUUAGAGCCAUUCAAUUAUUUGGGCCUGGUGGAAAACGUCCUUUGUGAGCUGGAACCAAAACUGAUGAGUUUUUAUCGCGAACGUAAUAUAUCCUCACGCGUCUAUGCACUGACAAUGAUGCAGACUGCAUUUGCUGAGAAUUUCGAUGCCAAUCAAUGGGUUCGCGUUUGGGAUCAUGUGUUAUCGAACGAGACGUAUUUCAUGGUGUUUUUCAUUGCGGCCUACAACGCCGCUCAUCGGUCAACUAUUAUGAGUUGCGCUUCCGCGAACGAUGUGGAAACAUUUUUUCGCGAGCCCUCAUUGAUAGAUGCCGGCAGGGUGCUGAAAAGGACAUACGAUAUGCUUGAACGCUGCCCGGACAACAUUCAUCCCCAGUACUACAUGAAAUCCUUUGUCUCUCUCAGCAGUGGCCUAGCGUCGUCGGCCGGCGCCAAUCAGAAUGGGCCAUUGAAAAAGCAUCCCAAAUUGUACCAAUGUUAUGACCCCAGUCAGCUUGAUAAUCGCUAUCAGGAAAAAUCGUCCACAGGCACGUACAGUAGAUUCAGCAACUUCCCGAAACAUCUCAUUGACACCAAAGCUGGCGAUAUGGAUGAUCUGAAAACAGAACAGCAGCAAUUAGAGGCAAAAAUAGCGGAACUGGAGAAACUGGAACUGGCUCUGAAAAACAAGGUUACGGACCAUUUGGUCCAGCAAGAGCACGAGAACCGGAUGCGAGAGGUGGAUAAAAAAUUUGCCGAAGCACUGGCCAACGAGGAAUCCCGCGUUGAAUUACAGCGAAAGCUGCUUCUGCUGCACAAGAAACAGUUCCGAGAGAAGGAGAAACAGGCGAUGCUUCAGGCACGUAAUGUCCAGCUGCAGAAAAAUGCCUCGGCGCGCGAAUAUGAGCUGGAAAACUUGCUGAAAACCCUGCAACAAGAGCGUCGACGAGACGAAACGGAAAUGAUGUUUGCUGAAGAAAAUAUCAAGCUGCGAGAGAUGGACGCUUUGAGUAAGCAAUACGAAACUAUCAUCAAACCAAAGGAAGAUCAAACUCUCGAUCAGCGCUAUCAUAAAGCAAUCAGGCAGUUGGAACGUCAAAAACAGAAGCUUUAUGAAGAUAUAGAGCAGGUUACACAAUACAACGAAGAGAAAAGUUCAUCGAAUGCAUCUGACUCCAGCACCUGGAAUUCGACCCAAAAAAGCAAGUUUCAGAGAGGUUCUGAGUUUGAGGUAUAUUCUGCCAAAAUCAAAUCGAUUGGAGAACAGCUGGAAUCGUUGCUGCAGCUGAACAAAAAUUCGAUGGAUGAUCUGCGAUACAGCUCGUUUGAGGACUAACACACUUUGCUCGAUAAGAUCUUCUGUCAAAAGUUGUAAGUGAAUU